AUGUUCUCCACGAGGAACGCCAGCCGCAAGAAGUACUCGGAUCUGCUCAAGAAGGUCUCUAUGGCCAGCAAUAUGAUCAUACUAUGUGCUUCACCGGACACCGUACGCGAAAUCAUGCUCGCCGCUCACGAACUCGGCAUGGCGACUUCAGGCGAAUAUGUGUUCAUCAACAUCGAUGUCUCGACA